AUGCGACCCGUCUCGACACCCUUGUUGAGCUCGAAUCACAGAGCAUGCACAGCUCACCACAGCACAUCGCAAUCACAGCUUGGCCAGCAUCGCACGCUGUUUGGAUUCUCGCUCUUUGGCGGCAGCAAGAAGGACAAGAAGAAUGACCCAUUCGCUCUGCCACCUCGUGCAGCCAAGAAGCCUUUGCUUGCUCAGGACGACCUCUUCCACCCUUUCUCCAAAUCGCCCGUCCCUUCGAUUCGUGCACGCGGCGAGCGCAUCCGAUCGUUAGCACCAUGUCCCGUCAGCAUGUCCAAGUACAAAGUGCGUCGUCUCGUCAACUUUGAGUGUCCCGAUUGCGGCUGGCCGACGCACUACAGCGAAAAGGAAUGGGCCGAAGACACCGAGCACGGCAAGUACGUAGCUCGCCUGCGGGAAGCCAACGAGGAUGAACAUGAUCUCCGCAGCGGUCGCGAGAUGUCCGAAUUCAAGCUGCCAGGUCCUCAGGGCUUCGAAGAGACGAUCAACAUGUCGAAUUGGGAUGUCUUCUUCUACACGCGAAACUUCAACUCGAUAGAGUCGGAUCGUAGCCGAAGACAUGUCAGCAAGCUUCUCACCUUCCCAACCACGAUGGGCGCCGUGAUCCACGAGAACAGUCCCUACACCAAAAAGUCGCGCAGACUGACGCACGAGGGACUGCGCAGUAUGAUUGCAUUGCGACAGACGCUGCAUCCGAAACAGGGCGAUAAGCCGAUGCUCGACAAGAUGCGCAUCUUUGUCGUCGGCGCAAGAGCCGAGUCGACGCUGCCACCUGCCGUGUGGGAUCAGUUGACGUACAUGUUCCCUGGCGUACCCUUCCACCUCUUCCUCAUCGGUCCUGAAGCGCAUAUUCCCACCGACAAGCAGGUCCAGAUGCAGCAGCAGCAAGCUGGGCCAGGCUCCGGUGCCAUCUCGAUGCACAAGGGUCGCGUCCGCAAAUCCAACUACGGCGUGCCUUCUCGCACGGUCGUCGUCUCUGAAGGUCUCACCGUCACCACCAUCCAGUCCAAGUACGAAGAUGUCCAUGCUCAGCUCGAGCCGUUCGAUGCGUAUACCGACGUGUUCUUCGCUUUCAGUCCUGGCUUCGGUUUCCCCUCGCAGAUCGCUGUCGAGGAAGCCGACAAGGCGAGGCAGGAGGAUCGCGAUCACGAGGCUCACUUUGCGCGCGCACAGAGCACCUACCACGCUGCAGGAGCAGAAGCGGCCGAGUCGACCGAAGCGUCUGCUCAAAAGGCUGCUGACGAUGCCGUCGAGCUGGCAAAGUCGCAGAUCGCCGAGCAGCAGCAACAUAUCCACGGCGGGACCGCGCCUUCCGACGUCUCAGCGCCAAAGCGCUCCGAAGCUGCCUACACUAUCGAUGCCACCUCUUCACCUGAAGGCGGCGACAUCCCAUCCGAAGAACCCGCGCCUGUACUUACUUCGCCCGAUGGCCACACUUUCACCGCGCUCACCGCAGCCCCCGUCGUCCAGGCGCAGCGAGAAUGGGCACGAGCCAUCGGGCAGAUCCUCUCGACACGUUGUGCACUCGUCGCCACCGGCUUCUCCCCCGCUGAUGUCGAGCGGGACGUGCUGGCGUUCGAGAGCGUCGACGGCGUGCGUGGCGAGUUUGACUGGCUGAUCACUCCAGGUGAGAACGUGUUUGCUUCGCAACAGUGGGCGGUGGCUGAUUUCGAUCCCAGGGUGGCGGUCAAGGCCAACUGGGGUGUUUGGGCUGUAAGAGGUAAGAGGUACGAUAUUCAGGGUCCCACAGGCUACUGA